AUGCAGCGCGCGCCCCCCGCGCUGGCCAGGGGUACCGGUCCCUCCGUGGGCCAUGCUGGGGGUUGUAGUUCAGCGGGCGACGGCGCCGCGCCCGGGAGGGUCUGGGGACGGGGAGGAGAAGCCGCCUCCCUCCCUCCACGCCUGAGGGGCGGCGGUGGCGGCCGACGGGAGGGCGGGUCGCGAGUCCGAGCACGAAGGGGAUGGCGGUGGCCGCAGUGGUGCAGCAGCCGCUAAAGGCAGGGAAGUGUUAGGCCGUAACCCGCCGCCCGCCAGCGCCGCCGGCAGGGAGCUUCGGACCGGGAGGAAGUGAAAGUGACAGGGAUGCCCCGGGGGCUGUUACAGCUCGGGAUAACGCAGCGGGCUGAUAUUUCCGCCGUAGUUAAUGCAGGUUCCAUAGCCGUGGCCUCGGGGUCACCGCAGAGCGCGUCACUGCGGGUGCGGCGAACAGCGGAGCCAUUUCGCGGUGCCACGGGCGGUCCCGCGGCAGCGACAGGCACGGGGGCAGUGACAGGGACAGACACAGCGGCCGUCGCUGACCGCAGAGACGGCACGGAAAGCCAUGAUAAGUUGCCAGUCAGCCACGGAGUACGAUGCGAUAGCCGCAUACAUUGGAUUGUGUGGCACAAGCCGGCCCGCACACCCACAGAGGAGGACAGGAUGGCAGGAGGAGGAGCCCAAGAAGCGCCCUGCCGGGCCCAUCCCAGGAGCCAUCAGCCCACCAAAGGCCCAUCUCGAGGGUGGGCAGCUGGAAACCCCAGUUAAGGACUCAGAAGAAGGGACACCUUGUCCAGCCCCCUGCCAGGGGAGCCUCAAACCCAGAGCACCUUUAGGACUGGGGGUGUCACUGUCUUCAGGGGUGUGGGGCAUACAAUGGGAUACAGGGGAAGAGCAUUUUGGCAUUGCACGGGAUGCAUUAAGGGGUAUUCAGGGCAGAAACAGAAGGGAUUUAGGUGACUUGUGGAGAAACAAGCAUGGGACAUGGGAAUAAAAAGGACCAAUAGUGUGUAAAUGGUUUGUGAUGGUUUGGCCACGCCCUGCACCUUAUCAGUGCAGCCUGUCCCAUCUUCUCACUAAACUUCUUUCACAAUUUGCCCUGGGUGAGGGCCUUUCAUUACCACAUGGUAAUGGUGUGGAGGGAUCCAGGUGCCAGCAGCUUGGACUUGUGCCCCCGGAGCAGCACUGGGCAUGGGCAUGCAGGUGAGUGUGAACAGCCACAACUAUCCAGCAAGGGGGCCUGGGAGCCAGGAAAAGGCUGUGAAGGAGGAGACAGCUCCCAGAGCGACCAGAGAAGGCCCAUCCAGCUGCCAAAAAGACUGAGAGGCCUGGGGAUCCCUGGGGGCAAAACCACCACAGGGAGUUUACUACUGGGAGACCAAGGGUACCAGGGAUCAAGGGGCAACUACUGGGCAGAUAACCUGAGCCAAGCUGCUGGAGGGAGAGACUCCGCCCAUGUGCGUGUGUAUACAUAUAUAAAUAAACAUGGGUGCUCACUAGCACACCUCCAUCCUGCUCAGCCAAACUGGGGGGAGGGGGGAUGAGGCCGCUGGCACUGUGUGUGAGUGCUCUGUGUGGCUCGAUGUGUAAUCUGUGUCCAUGUUUGAGAGGUGUAUAUGUGGAUUUGUGCAUGUGCCUACUGGGAAAUACAAGCUCAACCAGGCUAUUGCAUGGGGGCAUGGAGCUGCAGAGGCCUCACCUCUCUCAGGCUACCAGAUAUCACCCAAUUUUCCUAUAUCAGUAGAUGUGUAUAUUUGUAUAUAUCAUACAUAUCCAUAUCAUGUACAUAGGUAUAUUUCAUAGGGCUUCACAUAGAAGAAUGGCAUUUCUACACAUAGAAUUGAGAUAAAAUAGAUUAAAGCAGACAGGCAACAGUUUUCUCCCAAAACAUUUGCACAAAAAAAUAAAUAACAGUUACACUUUUCUUUCAGAGAUUUCAUGUUUCUUGCAUCCUACCUAAGCAUAUCUGUACUGCAGCAGGAGGUCUGGUUACAGUAUUGGUUGGCAUUCCUGAGAUACCUUGAAUCAAAUUAGCACAGGUAAGGGUGGCAGCAGAGAUCUUCAAAGUCUCCUUGUUUUGAUAAAAGUCUGCUUUCAGGUGUAGCUAAGCUAAUGCAAUGGUGUGCUGCAGGUACAAGGAUGAAUUCCUGUUUCCUGUCUCUCUGCUCUUCUGCUCCCUUCUCUCUACCAAGGACACAUUUUCAGGCACAGAGAACUAUGUUCAUUCUGCGUGUCUUGUGAUACCCUGCCCUAAAAGACCACCACACAUGGUGCCUUUUUGAUUAAAGUCAUCACCUGCAGGGAAGGAUUUGCAAAACUUGUGGGCUUGUGUUAGCACGUGGCUGUGAGGCAGCGUACCAAGCAGAGUGAGACAGGUCCAGACUGUCUGGGUCUGUGUGAUCACUGAGCAAUGCAUGGAAGAGCAAAAAGCACCAGUUCAGACUGUCUGAAAACACAGAGAUCUAAAACCAGGCUGACAUCAGGUGCUGGUAAAAUUAAGACAGAAGGUAGCUUCAUUUCUGACAACAACUUCUGAAGUCCUGAGUAUUUUAGUAAUCUGGGUUAAUUCAAAUGGAGGGCGUUUACUCCUAAACCAGUAAUACAGAACUUUGAGAAGAAUUUUACUUCACACAAAAGCUAGUCAUACCCCCAGCAUGUUUUUAAACACAGCCUCUAAAGAUGACAACAACAUUGAAGGCUAAUGAGUGACCCUGAACUGGGGGGAUGAGGGUGGGAGUGGACAGGGGAAACAGAUCAGCAAUCACAUUGUGAUUGGGUGAAAUUUGGGUUUAGGCAUACUACUACAGGCUCUCAUUUUCCACAGUGCAGUGGGAUGCCAGAAAAUGGUAUCACGAUAAUACAGCCCUUUCUAAAAAAGGCCACGGAGCCAGACUGCUAACCAUAUUUAGCACUACUAAAUUGCGAUUGGCACCAGCAAGCCUUGGUUGUCACCCACUGACAUUUUGUUCAGCCCUAAAAAUGAAAACAGUUGCCUGGACUGUUUCAAACUAUGAGAGUCACUGGGGAAUCACAGAUAGGGAAAGAGAAAGAUAAGGCAAAGUAACAAGUUCAUCAGGACUUAGGAUCUCAGAGCCGCCACAGCCAAAAGGGGUGGUUCUGUGUUUCUGAGGUGAUGAAAGGUGGCCACGUAUGGCAGCAGGGUCACAAGAGGUGUCUGCAGCCAGAUGAGGUGAGCACCCACCAGGGAGAAGCAGUGCCUGCCCCAUCUGCACCCCUGAACCUCACUGACACGCAGUAGCUGUUUGUACUCACUAUCAGUAUGAAAUGCUCACCAUAAAACUCACCACGAAAUGCUUUUGUGGGUCCAUGCUGGCAGUAAAACACGACUGCUUUCCUUUGCUCCUUCGCUUCCCCAGCUUUGGCUGAAGAAGGGUGACACUGGGAGCUGUUCCCUGAGGCUUGCCCUUGGUGGCUGGUGGAACCUUUUCCCUGUGCAGUGGAGGGAUGAGCUGGGGAGUCUCCUGGGGGUCCCCAGGAGGUGGGCAAGCAGAUCUGCCUGACUGCUCAGCUCUGGGACGUUCCUGCUCUCUUUUCUGUCCACCCUGUUUGGUGGACAGAUUGGAAACCCACCAUUGCUGUUUGCACCACCUGCUGAAUCUGGUGAAAAUGGGAGCUGGGGUGACGAUUCCAACAGCAGAAACCACAAACUGGUGUGAGCACCAAGGGGAAUUAAGUUGUGAAGGGAAAACCACCAUCAGAGAGCAGCAAGGAGCUGAUACACGGCUCUGGGAAGGGUUUUGAUCUCCUCUCAUACAGGGGGCACAGAGUAUUAUUGCUUCUGCCUCUCAUCUUGUCUGUGAAAUACCACUCCAGAACUGACAGUGUUAACAAAUACAGUGAAAGAGACUGCUCUGUAAGCUGAGCUACAUGGUCACAUGCACAGGUUUUAUUUUUAACAUCCCAAAACUACUUGAUGUUUCUGCCUGGGCUUGCUCCGUGUCCUUCUGUUCUCUUCUCUUUCUUUGCUUGCAGUUCUCCCUCACCCACCUCACUUCAGCCCAGCUGAGCACAACCAGGAGAGCAAGUGUUUGGUACACACACAGGGGCUCUAUGAUCAAGCACCGGGCCCAGAAAGCUCCCCCUGGGCAGCACAGACACUGUGAGAGAUGUUUCAGCCGGCACUGCCGCGCACCAGUUGAGAUCUCCGUCUCCUGCGUGGUGAUCAGCUGCCGCCUUCACUGCGGGGCCACCUUCCACAUGUGCAAGGAGGAGGAGCACCAGUUGCUCUGUCCCUUAGAGCAGGUCUCCUGCCUCAACUCAGCUUAUGGCUGCCCUUUUUCCAUGGCCCGCUUUAAGCUGGGGAAGCACCUCCAGGUCUGUCCAGCCAGUGUUGUCUGCUGCUCGAUGGAGUGGAAUCGCUGGCCAAACGUGGAUUCAGACACCACCCUCCACAAGAAUAUUAUGAAGGAGACCUUAAAUGAAGAGUGUCUGGACACAGCCUUGGCACUCAGAGACCAGAAGGUACUUUUCAGGACUUUGAAAAUAGCCGAAUUGUUUCCAGAGUGGAGGAAAAAGGAUGAAGUGGAAGAGCUUUUGGAUGAAGCCACGGGUGGUGAAGCAGGUGCUGUGGGGGGAGUCGCCUGUGGUUCCCAAGAGGGCAAAGACCAGUUGCCGGAGCUCAGCCAACGUGAGCGUGAAGAUCUGGUAAAGGACAAAGAGGGAAUGGACCUGGGAAGUUACAAAACCUGGGAGAACAUUUUCAGCAAAGAUCUCCUGGCUUGCCAGGUUGCGGGCUCAGCAGCCAGCACAGGACAAAAGACAGAGGAGGCUUCCAAGAAGACAGCACCAGCCUCUCAUGCUGCCAGCUCCACAGAGAAGGCAAAGGAAGGACCUGAUGAUGCAGAGGAGGCAAAGGACCGAAAGCCUGAACAAGUAACACCGGGUAGAGAACUGAAAGGAAUGGCUCCCUGGCAAGACGGGGUCCUGGAGAGGCUGAAGAAGGAAGUUGGUGUAGGUGAUUACAACAUGUAUUUGGUACAUCAUGGUGGAAUGCUCAUCCGCUUUGGCCAGAUGGCUGCUUGCACUCCCAAAGAAAAAGACUUUGUCUAUGGGAACUUGGAAGCCCAGGAGGUGAAGACUGUCUACACCUUCAAAGUGCCAGUUAGUUACUGUGGCAAAAGAGCACGACUAGGAGAUGCACUGGGCCACAAGAUGCCAACUUCAGACAAGUCAGUGGAUACCUCGGAACUGGGAAUAAACAUAGAAGAACUACCUAAGACAAAUAUAGUUGAAGCCACACUGCUGUGUGCUCUGGAAAAAGAGCUGAAAGGCCAUGAGAUCUCUGAAGCAAGGGGUAUCGAUGGACUCUUUGUGGAUUUUGCAACACAGACAUACAGCUUUUCUUUGGAGCCCUUCUCCUCCAAUGCUGUUCUAGCAGAUGUUCUGGAUGAAAAAAGCCCACAAGAACUCCACAUGGAGCUCUACACUGAUUGCGUAACCAGAAGACACAACAAAAGCAGUUCGGCUUUCACGUUCACUUGCAGUCAUUUCUUCAGGAGAGAUGAGUUCCCAUCCCACUUCAAGAAUGUGCACGCGGAUAUCCAGUCAUGUCUGGAUGGAUGGUUCCAGCAUCGCUGCCCACUGGCCUACCUGGGAUGUCCUUUUGUUCAAAAUCACUUCCGCCCUGAUGGACUUAAGGCCAAGGUUAUAUACAGCAAGCCUCUCAAGACAUUUGCUAUUAAGCCAGAGGUGGACACCCUUCUUGCUGAACCAGGAAAGUGCAAUUUCACAGUGGAUCGUCGAGGAAGAAGUAAGGACUUGCUGAGCAGCCUCCCAGUGGAAGUGCUCAAGUACAUUGCGGGAUUUCUGGACAGCUUCAGUUUAUCUCAACUAUCACAAGUGUCAGUGCUCAUGAGGGACAUCUGUGCCACUCUUCUUCAAGAGAGGGGAAUGGUCCUGCUGGUCUGGGAGAAAAAAAGAUAUUCCCAUGGUGGUACUUCGUGGAGAGCUCGCAAAAAGAUCUGGCAGUUCAGCAGCCUCUUCUCCAGAGUUCACAAAUGGCAGCGCAGUGAUGUCAUGUGCAUGUCAGAACACUUGAAGAAUUGUCCCUUCUACCAAGUGGAGCACAGGACGGACCCCGUGCUGCUGACGGGCAUGUCUGAAUCUCGAGAACAGACUCGAAAGACUUUGGUUUCUACUUUCAAGCACAGAGUCUGAACAACCUGCUUGCCCUCUGCCAUGCUCCCUUCAGGCAUCUUCAGAUAAAGAUUUGGGAAUUCAAGUGUAAA